UGCUCGCCUGCUGAGGGGCGGGGCUACUGUCCACACUGCGCUGCGGAAAGUCCUCUCAGCGGUGUAAUGUGGAUUUAACUACUCCAAAUGAAGAGGAAAAACUUCUUAAAAACGGUCUUUUACAGGUUUAAAGUGAAGAAAAGUGAGAGGAAGUAUGGUGGGAAGCGGGUUCUGACCGGUAUCUGACUCCAGACUGAGAGCUGAGCUGCAGAAUGAACUCAAACAGGACUUAGUUUGGAGACACAACUGAUGACGGAUGGACAGGAUACACAGGUUAAUGUUGUGGAUAAUUACAGCUUUUGCCCUAUGCAAAUAUUCCCGGGCUGAAUGGAACGCAACAAAGGACACAGUAAAUAAGACCGUGUCCUGCAGGACCCAUGACAACAGCAGCAACUGCACAGAUGCGAAGGACGACCACAGAUGGAGUGGCCACUUUUCCAAGUGUCCGCAGGAGUACGCGCAUUACUGCGUCCACGGAAGCUGCCACUUCGUUCAGGAGCAGAACACUCCUGCCUGCAGAUGUGAAAGUGGGUACAUUGGUUCCAGAUGUGAGUAUUUGGACCUGGGCUGGCUGGUUGGAGAUCAGAAGCAGAUAGUCAUUGCUGGGAUUAUAGCCGGACUGGUCUUUCUGCUGCUCAUCAUUGUCUUCACGUGUAUCUGUGUUCACACUCGACUAAAACUCUGUCGAAAAAGGAGAAGAAAAAAGGAGAAAAGGGAAGAAGGGGAAAGGCUGCAUUCGCUUCAUACACUCAACUCGAAUGAAGCUUCAUCUCCGCCUACAGAGACAUGCGACACAAAUGCUGUAUGAGUGAAGCAGGACUGCGGGGUUUUCUCCUGCUGGACGGGGAAGAUCUGAGCCGGUUCUGUCAGCAGUACAGCUGGAACGGACUCUAAAUGGACCGGAGAUGUGGCGUGUCAGCUGUUAAGUGCACUGUUGCUUACUAUUUAUUCCCUUAAGAGGAAACUGCCUGCUGGAUAAAGAGCAGACCAGCAAUCGCCAGUAGUUACGGUGGCAGGAAGAUGGACAUUAAUGUACUGCGUCAGUAUGGAGUACGGUAUGGAGUAAAGUAGGUGUCCUGCGGUCUGCAGAGUGAGGUUAUUACAGGACUAUAAAUGUUCUCAGCAGUGGCGUGAGGUUAAAAGGCCCAAAUCCAAUGUUCUUACCAAAUCUGAUGGUUUAUUUCAGACUGUUUCAAUGUGACACUUAUCUGAUAUUGGUCUGAACAGUCUGCGUAACUGUGUGUCUGAAGCACAUCCAUGCACUAAACACACUAAACAGCAGCAGGGCUUCAUGUGAAGUUUCGGUUUCAUCCUUGUCAGAAUUUUAUAUUUUCUUAAAGGCUAUCGAAGAGUUCAGGCUGCAGCUGAGCUCAUUAUCGAGAAUUCACUCACAAAGCAUAACUAUGGCGUCACAUCAAUGUCAAAAGUGAAAAAAAUAUAUAUUUAAACGUACUUAAAACAUAUAGAGAAAUUUCUAACAGAUGUAUGUACUUACUUAAAAUAUAUAAAAAGUACAUUAUUAUUGUGCUUCAUCAAAUGUUGAAGAGUAUUUUAAAUAAAAAGACUACUAUCAAGUACACUUUUAGUUUAAUGUAAUUCAAUAUACUUCUAAAAUACUUAUUUACAAAUAUACUUUUGCACAUUUUUAGCAAAGUGUGUUAAAUACAACUGUUACAGUAGUUCACUUAAAGUAAAAUGUGUCAUGUAACUUUUUUAGAAGGUAAAUUAAAUUUUAAAAGUAACACGUUAAAAAUUAGUAGUAUAGUAUAUUAAUAUACUAUAUUGAUAUUAUAUUUUUAUACCCAACAAAGUAUACUAGAAUUGUGCUACAUACAAAAGACAGGAACAAGAAGCAUAACUGUACUCUGAUGUAUCUGAUAGAUCACAUAUAUUUAACAUCAAUUCUUAGUACAUACUCUAAUAUACCUGGUGUAUAAUAGAAAUAGUGAUACAGUUGUAAUACUAUAACACAUUAAAUGUAGUAUAAUUUUACUGUAAGCAUAUUUAAAAUAUGGGGUUACAUACAUGAAGUAGUUUAAAUGUUUAAAUGUUACUUUAUAGUAUAUUUAAAAUAGUUCCAUUUUAGUACAGUUAAGUACACUCAGCACAAUUUAAGUAAGACUUUUGUACUAUUUUUAUACUGUAAUUAAAAUAUAAUAAGUAUUUUAAAACGUUGUUCCAUUUUAGCACUCUUUAAAUAUACUGAUUAAUAAUAGUGUGGCUACAAGAAAACACUUUAGUGCACUCUAGCAUAAUAAUACUUAAAAAUAUAUUUAAAAACAUUUUGCGUGUGUAAAUUAACUCCUCACAAGUUGCAAGCAAAAAAAAAAGUAACAUUUUUUUCACCUGUUAUUUUUGCGCCCCUGACUUUUAACAACGAUGUGACGCCAUACACAUACCUUACUUUUGACAAUAACAUUAAAAUCAUUUUAUAGUUAUAGUUACUGAAGCAUUUCAAAUGCUUUAAAUCCUGUUCCUUUCAUCCACUCCUUUAGGGGACCAACAGAACAACAUCGUUUUAUUGAUUAUGUUUAUGUUUAUUUAUUGCUAAUAUAUGUACUAAUGUACUAAUAUAUAUAUAU